AUGGCGCUCUGCUUCUGCGGGGCCCAUGCCACAGAGCUUUGCCCCAAGUGCGGGGCGCAGUGCUUCUGCGCCGCCUGCGCCGCCUGCGGAGCAGGAACGGGCCCGCGCGAGGCCCGCGCGGCGCAUCAGGCGCAGUGCCGCCGCACCCGGCGGGAAGCCAAAAACCGCGUGCAGGGCCUGGUCUUCGGCAGCCUCUUGCUCCAGCUGUGCGGAUUCUGCCGGCGUUUGGGCCGCUUCCCUGCGUGGCAGCGCUUCUUCCUGUGGUGUGCUGCUUGGCUCAUGCUGCUCGAGCUUCUCACCUCCCUGAGGUUUGAGAUGUGGCAGUCUGGGAAGGUGGGCUGGCUCUUGCCAGAGAAAGUGCCGGAGGAAAUGCUGGCCUCGUCUUUUCUGGCCACUCGCAACAGCGCCACUCGGGCGCCCGAAGCGCAGGAAGUACUGGCCACGUUGCCGCCUGUGCGCGGUGGUGAUGCUGCAAAGACCAGCACGCCUGAAGCAAAGGAAGUGCUGGCCACGUCUCCGCUGCCUGUUGGAAACGAUGACGCUGCAACGACCAGCGCACCCAUAGGGCAGCAGGAAGUCCUGGCCACGUCUCCGCUGCCUGUUGAAAACGAUGAGGCUGCAAUGACCAGCACGCCCAUAGUGCAGCAGGAAGUCCUGGCCACGUCUCUGCUGCCCGUUAGAAACGAUGACGCUGCAACGAACAGCGCGCCCAUAGUGCAGCAGGAAGUCCUGGCCACGUCUCUGCUGCCCGUUAGAAGCGAUGACGCUGCAACGAACAGCGCGCCCAUAGUGCAGCAGGAAGUCCUGGCCACGUCUCUGCUGCCCGUUAGAAGCGAUGACGCUGCAACGAACAGCGCGCCCAUAGUGCAGCAGGACACAUUGGCCGCGGUUGCAGCCGUGGAUACUGUGGCUGGGCAGGAUCUGUCUCAGCUGGCCUGGCCAGAUGUGAAGGCCGUGGGCAGAUGCCUGCACCCGACCAACAAGUCCAUUGAUGCCUGCUGCGACAGCGCGGUGGCGCGGCUCCACAGAACCGCAGAGUUGCGCCCUGGGCUGCUGCGGUCGCCCCGCAGCGCUGACAGCCUGCGGCCAUGGUGGGCCAACCUGGCCCCCCCGGUGGCGGCGUGGUACAGGCAGAAGGGCGCCGACGCUGCGCGUGGCAGGCCCUGGGCCGGCACCGCAGUGCUGUUGAUCGGCCAGGUGCGGGACGGGAUGCGGAGCCACGUGGUCGAGAACCUCCGCAGGCUCGUCUUCCAGGAGCUGGGCACGGACUACCAUAUCUUCGCCGUCCUUGAGUACACGAGGUAUGGCUUUAGCUGGCGCGGCAAGCGCAACUACACCAGGGAUUAUAGCCAUCAGCAGGUGCAGCAGCUGCUCCAGCAGUACACAGGCAACUACACCUUGGUGGAGUGGACCGAAGCGGACAAGAAGUCGGAGAAGGCGAUCCUUUUCAACCAGAGCUGCACCAACGCGCACUGGGGAGGCUACGGGAUGGCGCAGCAGUACCUGAAGCUGCACCGGGCCUUUCGGCUCAUGGAGCUCCACGAGCAAAAGCGGCGCCAGCGCUUUGCGCUGGUGCUGAAGCUCAGGCCGGACGUGACCUACACCACUGGCUUUGGCAGUAUGGUGCAGAAACGGAUGGCGGACGCCUUGGCGCUGGUGAACAUCACCGUGCCCUCCGUGUGUGGCUCUAUCGGAGGUGGUGGCGGGGACGCGGUGCUGGUGGCGGACCGCGCGGCGGCGACCGCACUGCGGGCCACCUGGAAACUGCUGCGGGGCUGUCAGGUGGCCGCAGAUGCCUGCAUGUCGGCCCGGGCGAUGCACUCCGCGUGCGUGGGGACCACCACGCUGGGCCAGGGGGAGAUGUUGAAGGAGACCUGCGGGCAUGGAUGGGUCUCCGCGGUUUUGCGCUAUGGCUUGCCGAACUCGCACUGCGGCAUCAGCGGCAUGCUGGGCAUGCCUAGGAAUCUUCCCGAGCUGCCCAAAGCCCGGCGCUCGAUCCUCACACGCCAGGGGCCGCGCACGGCCUUCCAGCUGCAAAACUUGCCAAGUGCGGGGGGGCGGGAGAAGGCGGUUCGGCAGCGUAGCACCUGCCGGGCAUUCCUUUCGCGCCCUGUGGCAAGGGAGGUCUUGGAGGAUUUGCUGGACCAAGCGCAGCGGGCGCCCAGCGGAGGCAACACCCAGCCCUGGCACCUCUAUGUUGCCACAGGCGCGGCUUUGGGCUCACUGCAGCGUGCAGCCCUCGCGCAGCUGCAGAAGGGUUCCUCCGCAGGCCAGGAGUAUCGGACGUAUCCAUCAAAGACGGAGGUGCCGGAGGACGUGCACCAGGCCUACAUGGACCGCCGCAUCCGAGUGGCCCAAGAUCUUUGGGCUCGGAUGGGGGUGGAGCGCUCCGACCGCGCGGGCCGCGCCCGCGCGCUCAUGGAGAACUUCGGGUUCUGGGGGGCGCCGGUGGGCGUCAUCGUCACCGUGGAUCGGGGCGCGGAUAAGAAUGCCUGGGGCCAUACGGGGAUGCUGCUGCAGACGCUCGCCCUGCUGGCGGUGGAGCGGGGCCUCGCCACGGCCAUGUUGGAGGCCUGGGGCAACCUGGGGAGUUGCGUCUACGAGGCGCUGGGCAUCGAGCAGACGCGGGAGGCAGUUUGGUGCGGGGUGGCGCUUGGCUACCCGGACCUCGGGUCGCCCUUCUGCGCGGUGCCCACGCAGCGGCGCCCGAUGCGUCAGGCGGCGCGGUUUCUGGAGGAGGCAGAGUCCAAGCUCUGA